UUUGUCACUCUGUGUUGUAAAGAGGCCUCCUUAAGAAGAUGUUUUUAGAGGACGUCUGUCACUGCUGUUGUUAACACAACCACACCAGAAUUAGACUCGACUAACACUGAGUGCCAAGCUCAUUUCCACAAUGUGGCUGUGGAUCCUAAUUAUCUUAGUGUGGCUGGGUGUCUGGUUGGGUGGCACAUACUGGUACCUGUUUGGAAAACCGAGCCCAUUUUCCCUGGAGUCACUGAGACCUCCUGCUCCUCGUGAGUUUGAUCAGAAGAAGCGUGACAAAGUCAUCAAACAAGGUUUUAGUCCUGAUAAGGUGCCCAAGAACCUAGAUGUCAUUGUCAUUGGAAGUGGUAUUGGGGGACUGACAGCUGGAGCCACUCUGGCCAAAGCAGGGAAGAAGGUCCUGGUGCUGGAACAACAUGACCAGGCUGGAGGCUGCUGCCACACCUACAUCGAGAAAGGCUUUGAAUUUGAUGUUGGACUCCAUUACAUUGGUCAGCUCCAUGAAAAUAGCCUUUUGCGCAUUGCCUUCGACCAGAUCUCUGAGGGCCAGUUAGAGUUUCAGGAGCUCAACCAACAUUUUGACAGCAUUCAUAUUGGCCAGGGUGAUGAGAAACGGGAGUACACCAUCAUCUCUGGAAAAUAUGAAAUGAAGUCUCACCUGAUUAAACAAUUCCCUGAUGACAAAGAGGCCAUUGAGACAUUCUUCAAAAUCAUGAAGGUCUGUGCUAAGAAGACCCACUAUCUAGCAACUUUGAAGCUCAUCCCUCAGUGGAUUUCUUUAUUCCUGCUCAAGUCAGGCAUCGCUAACCUUGUCUCUCCAGUGUUUCGUCUCUCUGGCACAUGUGCAACUGAUUAUGUGAACACACUGACCAGCAACAAGGAUCUCCAAGUCAUCUUUGCUUACCUUUUCUAUGGUGUUCCUCCAAAGGACUCCAGUAUCCUCAUCAAUGCUCUCCUCAUUCAUCACUACAAACGAGGUGCCUACUACAUUAAAGGUGGGGCCAGUGAGAUCCCAUUUCACAUCGUCCGCACCAUUCAGAAAUAUGGAGGCAACUGCCUGGUCAGAGCUCCAGUCACUCAGAUCCUGGUCAAUGAGGAGAAAACAGCUUAUGGUGUGAAGGUGAGGAAAGGUCAGGAGGAAUUUGAGAUACAUGCUCCAGUUGUGGUCUCAAACUGUGGCAUCUUCAACACCUUGCAGAAACUUAUUCCACCUGAGAUUCACGUCAAGCCUGAUAUUCAGGAAAGACUGAACAUGAUGAAACAUGGCCGGGGAUCAUUCUUGGUCUUCUCUGGCUUUGAUGGAACUCAAGAGGAGCUGGACCUUGUUUCUACUAAUUUCUGGCUCUUCAAAAACAACGAUAUGGACAAAUCGAUGGAGGACUUCUUUGCAUUGAGUAAAGAGGAAGCACCAGACAACAUCCCAAUGAUGUUCAUCACAAUGCCAUCUGCCAAAGACCCAGAGGCCAAAAUAAGGCACCCUGGAAAAUCUUGCAUGACCAUAUUGACCAUGGUGAAGUAUGAAUGGUUUGAGGAAUGGAAGGACACCACUGUGCGCAAAAGGGGAGAUGAAUACUACAACUACAAAAUGAGGUUUGCUAAAAACCUCUUUGACUGGGCCUGCACGUUAUUCCCUAAAAUCAAAGACAAGCUGGUUUUCCAGGAUGUGGCGACCCCCUUGACUAACUCACAUUACCUGGGGGCCCAGCGUGGAGCCAUGUACUCUGCUGAACACAACCUCGAUCGUUUCCAUGCAGAAGCUGUGGCCAGGAACAGGUGCCACACUCCUAUCAAAAACCUCUUCAUCUCAGGACAAGAUGUGUUCAGCUGUGGAAUAGCAGGAGCUCUGCACGGCGGACUCCUCUGCGCCUCUGCAGUCUUAGAUCACAUUGUCUACAUCGACUUACUCCUCCUCAAGAAGAAGCUGAAGAGGAGGAAGGCCAAAGAGCUGGCUCAGCUGGCUAAGAAGAAAAUAGAGUAAGAGUGCUCUCCACUUCCCCUGCAGUAGAGUGGUGAAACUGCACAAGCAGCUGCUAAAGGACCCUGAUAAUCGUGGGAUGCUGGAAGGAAAACUCAGUCAGAAUAUCUCAAUUAUAUCCUCAUGAUCCUGUUCAUAUUAUAAAAACAUGGCACAUACUAAUGGACUCAUGUUGAGGU